AACCCUUAUUUCUCUCGGUGUGUGCGCUGAGCUCGGACUGUGACCGCGCGCAGAUCGGCGCAUUAUACCGGAGCUGCACCUGGACGUCACCAGCACGCUGCUUUAACCUACAGCUGGAGAACUUUGGAUGUACAUUCUUAUUUAGCGCUGCCCGACGUUUGAUUUCUUUGGGAGAAGGGCGAUAUGGGGACACGGCGUGCCGAGGUGGCACUCAGACUGGUGAUGGGGAUCCAAACAAGGAGCCCUUUUAUUCCUUUUCAGAAGCUCCUGUAAAACAAUCGGAUAUCAGGACACUGAUGACCUCGACAGCGUCGGUUUGGAGUUAAUCUUACAGGAUAAAAGGGAAUCGAAGGUCUCUUGAAGGUCUCGACAAACAUUGCAUUGUCAUUUAUUCCUGUGCGCAAGGACGAUUUUCAUCGCAUAAAAGAGACUGAUUGUGUCCGGACUGUGCGCCCGGUGCGCAAAAAGACCCCCAAUCACCAAGAAGCUUCGCUGGUGGCUUUAUAAUUGUCGGGCAGAAAGAACCACUGAGCUCCAAAUAUUGAGUGAACUUGCUUCUUUCUCACUCAACCAAUCCGCUGCAAGGGGAGGAGCCACACUCGAACCAGCCAAUCCAGAAUGAGGGGUGGGGCCAUGGGGGUUUUACAAGUGCUGCUAUUGGCCAGUGUGCUGGAGCCUGCGACUCUGGCAUUCAGUCGUGCACCGGUGCCCAUGGCAGUUGUUCGGCGGGAGCUGUCCUGUGAAAGUUACCCGAUCGAGCUGCGCUGUCCCGGGACAGACGUCAUCAUGAUCGAGAGUGCAAAUUACGGCAGAACCGAUGACAAAAUCUGUGAUGCUGACCCCGCUCAGAUGGAGAAUACGCGCUGUUAUUUACCUGAUGCGUACAAGAUCAUGAGCCAGAGGUGUAAUAACCGGACGCAGUGCGCCGUCGUGGCCGGACCGGACGCGUUUCCCGACCCCUGUCCCGGGACAUACAAAUACCUGGAAGUGCAGUAUGAGUGCGUCCCGUACAAGGUGGAACAGAAAGUUUUUCUUUGCCCAGGGCUCCUGCGUGGCGUUUAUCAGAGCGAGCAUCUGUUCGAGUCGGACCACCAGUCAGGAGCUUGGUGCAAAGACCCCCUCCAGGCCUCGGAUAAGAUCUAUUACAUGCCCUGGACGCCGUAUCGCACGGACACCCUCACCGAAUACUCCAGCAAAGAGGAUUUCAUUGCAGGACGACCCACCACGACCUACAAGCUCCCACAUCGGGUGGAUGGCACUGGGUUCGUCGUCUACGACGGAGCACUGUUCUUCAACAAGGAGCGAACCAGAAAUAUUGUCAAGUUCGAUUUGCGCACUCGCAUCAAGAGCGGCGAGGCUAUCAUCGCUAGCGCAAACUACCACGACACUUCGCCGUAUCGCUGGGGAGGCAAGUCUGAUAUCGAUUUGGCCGUGGAUGAGAACGGCCUUUGGGUGAUUUACGCCACGGAGCAAAAUAACGGACGGAUUGUGAUCAGCCAGCUCAACCCGUAUACGUUACGUGUGGAGGGAACUUGGGACACGGCCUACGACAAACGCUCUGCCUCCAACGCCUUCAUGAUCUGUGGGAUCCUGUACGUCAUCAAGACCGUCUACGAAGACGACGAUAGCGAAGCCACCGGGAAUAAAAUCGACUACAUCUACAACACGGAGCUGAGCAAAGAUGGCUAUCUGGACAUCCCCUUCCCCAACUCAUACCAGUACAUCGCUGCCGUGGAUUACAAUCCCAGAGACAAUCUGCUCUAUGUGUGGAAUAACUACCACGUGGUCAAGUAUACGCUGGAUUUCGGAGUCCUGGACAACAGGCUAGAAACCUCCUCCUCAGGAAAUGUCUUAAUGGACACGACGACGACACGCACCACGACUCGCCCGGUUACCUUCACCAUGACUACCGCCUCCACCUCCACCAGCACCACCAUGACCAGCAGCACCCGAUCUCCCUCCACGACACCGGCAGCCCCGCGCAGCACAACCACAGCCCGGCAGCCGGCGGCUCUUCCCGAGGUCACGGCGCGCUCCGACCCGUCCUCCGUCCUGCCCAACAUCGCCGUGGAGUUCUGCAGCCCCGUCACCAACUCCUCCAUCACCUGGCCCAAAACACGGCAGGGCUUCGUGGCCAAGCAGCCCUGCCCGCCGGGAACCAUCGGGACGGCCGUGUUCGCCUGUCAGGGGCCCGAGGGACUGUGGGACCUGCAGGGGCCUGACCUCAGCAACUGCUCCUCCACAUGGGUCAACAUCAUCAACCAGAAGGGACGACCAAGCGCGUCACCGUUACCGAGUGGUGGUGACACUCACCUAACACCCGUAUCGGGCAAUGGUUCACCCACUCAUGAUCGACCUGCUGGACGUCCAGUCAGGAAUCUCACUCCUGGAGGGAAACGGACAGCGCCGCUCGGAGCCUCAAACAAGCGGCCAAGGAACCCCAAAAACUCCAUCGGUGACAGAAUGGAGAUAAAAAACUUGGGAGAGAUCCAGGCUCAGUUGGGGGGCACAGUUCUACCUCCUGACCAGACGAACCACCCGACUAGUUCAAUCCAGGCUGCCCAGGUGACGACACAGAACAGACCAUUUUUAGUGACACUACCCCCACUCCGUAAGGAGCAGCUUCCAGAUGCUCCUCAGAAACCAAUAAAUAACACGAAAACAAAGAGACCAGGAGGGAGGACCCGGUGGCUUGGUCGAUCAGGAGGGCCAUGUGUGGACCCGAAAGUUCAAGGGGGGACCUACGAGGGACCAGAAGUCCGACAGCGGGGCACGGUGGCACCCCUGAAAGUUCAGCGGACCAAGAGGGGACCAGGCAGUUCUGGGGCCACGGUGGACCGAAAGUUUCAAGGGGCCACGAGGGACAGGCAGUUCAGUAAGGAGCAGGCUCUGUGGACGUGGCCGGUCACGGCAUUGCGGAACGGCAGUCAGGCAAAGGACCCUCAGAACAAGGACACCGCCUCGGGAACGGCCUUGGAAAGGGUAGUCGCCUACCGGAGCCUCUUGGGACCCGCUCGGCCUCGGAACAGAAUCGCCACCGCCUCUGGGAAUGGCUCAGGAACGGCCUAUAGGAACGAACAUCGGACCAGGGACACCGCCUCCGGGAACUGUGGUCCUAAGGAACGGACUCAGGAACGGGCCUCAGGACGGGCCUCAGGACGGCCAUUGGACAGCCCCCCGCGGGAACUGCCUCGGGCACGGCCUCGGGAACCGGCCUGGACACGGGCACCGCCCGGGAAGAAAAUCUGCAUAGGCCUCGGGCACAGCAUCGGUCUCUGGAAACCAAAAAACACUCUGGCACCGCACCGACCUGCGGACGGCAUCGCCCACCGCCUCGACUGCGGAACAGCCCGGUCCGGCAUUACAUUGGGAACCGUCUCUGGCCCCCCCCGCCCCCCCACGGUCUAUGGCACCGCUCGGCACGAUCCGCACUCUGUCCGCCGCGCACACAUUGCAUCGGGGACGCCUCGGCAUCGGGGACGCCUCGGGCACAGCCAUGGCCUCGGGCACCGCCUCGGCAUCGGGAACCGCAUCGGCCCGGCAUCGCUCGGGAAACCGCCUCGCGCAAACGGGCACCGCCUCGGCAUCGGACAUUUGAUCGGCGGAACGCUCGCCACCGCCUCAGGAACCGCCUCGGAAGCGGGGCACGCCUCGGCACGCUUGGGCACCGCCUCGGCCUACGGAACAGAAUCGGGCACCGCCUUCGGCAUCGGGAACAGCAUCGGGCACCGCCCGCAUCGGGCACCGCUCGACCUCCGGAACGUCAUCGGGCAACCACCUCGACCUCCCAGAACGAGAAUCGGGCCCGACUCGGCCUCUGGAACAGCUUAUUCGGGCACGCUUCGGCAUCAGGCACCGCCUCGGGAACCUUGGGCACUCCACCUGGACGACAGGGGGGAAGUACCCCUGGACGGCAGCGGCCUGCUUCUGGAACGUCCUCCGGACGGCAGGGCCUGCUCCUGGGAAGUCCUCCUGGACGGCCAGCUGGGCUCGGAACGUUCUAGGACGGCAGCCGCCCUGCUCGGACGUCCUCCGGUGACGGCAGCGCGCCUGCUCGGGAAGUCCUACGGGUUUGGACGAACGGCUGAGCCUGGCUCCUACUCUUGCGGCCUCUAUUUGAUUGGCGCUGAACUGGUGGCCACUGGGCUCUGGCGCUGGCUCAGCGGCCGUUUUGAUAUGGGCGGGCGGACCAUUUGUGCUGUGGCGGGGCUGGCGGCCAUCUUGUGCUGUGGCGCUGGGCUGGCGGCAAUCGAUGUGGUGGCACUGGGCUGGCGGCAAUCUUUGCUGUGGCACUGGGAUGGAGGCAUCUUGGGCUGUGGCACGGCCGAUGGCCGUUCUCAUCUUGUGAUGUGGCGCUGGCUGGUGCCAUCUUCUCUGGAGACACAGAGGGUGGUCGAACCGCUCUGUCUUUCAGGGGAAAUCCGGAUGGCGUUCGUCCUGUACAAGCAUCUGGGUUCGUAUCUGUCCACUGAAAAUGCCAGCAUGAAGUUCAGCAGCGAGACGUUGAACACAAACUACUCUGUCAUCGUCAACUCUCCCGUUAUAACGGCGGCCAUCAACAAAGACAGUAACAAAGUCUACCUGUCUGACCCCGUCAUAUUUACUGUGCAACAUAUUCAGCAGUCUGAGGAGAAUUUCAACCCCAACUGUUCAUUCUGGAGCUACUCGAAGCGCAGUAUGACGGGCUUCUGGUCGACGCAGGACUGCCGGCUGCUGGGAACCAACCGAACGCACACCACCUGCUCCUGCACACACCUCACCAACUUCGCUGUGCUCAUGGCUCACGUGGAUGUGAAGAGAGCAGGCCCGGUUAAUGGUCUGCUGCUGGACAUCAUCACGUGGGUGGGGAUCCUGCUGUCUCUGGUCUGUCUGCUCGUCUGCAUCUUCACCUUCUGCUUCUUCCGCGGCCUGCAGAGCGACAGGAACACCAUCCACAAGAACCUGUGCAUCUCGCUCUUCAUCGCUGAAACACUCUUCCUCACUGGCAUCAACCGCACGGACCAGCCCAUCGCCUGCGCCGUCUUCGCGGCUCUGCUGCAUUUCUUCUUCCUGUCUGCGUUCACAUGGAUGUUUCUGGAAGGCGUUCAGCUCUACAUUAUGCUGGUUGAGGUGUUUGAGAGCGAGCAUUCGCGCAGGAGGUAUUUCUACCUGGCUGGAUACGGCAUUCCUGCGCUCAUCGUGGCCGUUUCUGCCGCAGUGGAUUACCACAGUUACGGGACGGACAGAGUUUGCUGGUUGCGGUUGGAUACUUAUUUCAUCUGGAGUUUUAUAGGCCCCGCCACACUCAUCAUUAUGCUGAAUGUGAUCUUCCUGGGAAUCGCUCUCUACAAGAUGUUCCAUCACACCACCAUCCUGAAGCCAGACUCUGGUUGCCUUGAUAACAUCAAAUCGUGGGUAAUCGGAGCCAUCGCUCUGCUCUGUCUGCUGGGCCUGACCUGGGCGUUUGGCCUGAUGUACGUUAACGAGAGCACGGUGAUCAUGGCGUACCUCUUCACCAUCUUUAACUCGCUGCAGGGCAUGUUCAUCUUCAUAUUUCACUGCGUCCUGCAGAAGAAGGUGCGUAAAGAGUACGGGAAGUGUCUGCGGACUCACUGCUACAGUGGGAAGAGCGUGGAGUCGUCUAUGGGUUCGGUGAAGAGCUCGUCGUCGCGUGGCCCGGGACGAUAUUCCUCUGCGUCACAGGUUCAUCACCCGCCUUGUAUGACAAACUCCUCACAGUUACAGUAUGAGCAAAGCCGAAUCCGCCGCAUGUGGAACGACACGGUGAGGAAGCAGUCCGAGUCUUCAUUCAUGGCUGGAGACAUUAACAGUUCAGCCACACUCAACAGAGGUGCCAUGGCCAAUCACCUCAUCCCAAACUCUCUGCUGCGCGCUCACGCCUCUAACAACCCUUAUAACACCUUACUGGGCGAAUCAGCUAUCUAUAACAACCCCACCCUCAGCAUGUACAACGCUCAAGAGCCCUACAGAGAGACAAAGGGAAUCCUGAACAAUGCUCGGGAUACAAGUGCCAUGGAUACUCUACCACUGAAUGGUAACCACGGCAACAGCUACAGCUUGGCCAGCGCCGAUUACAUGAGCGACUGCGUGCAAAUCAUUGACCGCACGUACAAUGUACACAAAGAGACCACACUGGAGAAACGGAUCCUGAAAGAGCUCACCUCCAACUACCUGCCCACCUACCUGAACAACCACGACCGCACGGCCGAGCACGGACGCAACCUCAUGAACAAGUUAGUUAACGAAGUCAGCAACGGAGGCGGGGUCAAAGACUCGCCCAUGUUGCCCGUCAAUCUGGCGUUGGGUUUGGACCCGUCUGCGUCUUUCCCACACGAGGACAGUCUAGGGCUGGAGCUGAUCAGGGAGGAGUCCAACACACCCUUGCUUCCACCGCCACACCACAUCCAGCCUCUUCCCUCCACCUUCAGCUCAGCCUCUUCAUCGCGACGGCGCCUUCCGCAAGAAAACAGCGAGAGUUUCUUCCCUCUGCUGACAGAGGAGCAAACGGAAGACACUCCAUCCCCACAGAGAGACUCGCUCUACACCAGCAUGCCCACGCUGCCCGACCCCGAGCGCUCCGACACGCAUUCGCUGCCCCGUGGCGGUGACAUGCACACGCUCCCCAGAAGCGGCGAGCCGGACGAUGUGUAUUAUAAGAGCAUGCCCAACUUGGGCUCGCGUAACCAUCUGCACCAGCUGCAUAGCUACUACCAACUAGGCCGCGGCAGCAGCGACGGCUUUAUCGUUCCCCCCAAAGAUGAGCUUUCGCCCGAAGAAACACCGCAAGAAACCGCACACAUGGUCACCAGCCUAUAGAGGGCGCCAAACCCCAUCGCAUUCACACCCGUAACCCAUGACAUCUCGACCUCCGCUGGCUCUUCUACGUUUCCGUACGGUUCUGUCGUCCACAGUUGUUCACUUUUGCGUUUCCGUGUCCGCAGAGAAAUGAACUGCAGCAACAAACCUUGGGAGGCAAUUUUGUAUUCUGUUCAGGAGAGGAUUAUGGAUACUCUUGCUUGUUGAGGAAUGAAACCUGACAUUCUUUGGAUUCUAUUGGUCAUGCACUUCUACUUCAAGGGAAAACGGACCCAAAAAUGGAUUUGCUGUAUAACCUUGUGGGGGAGUGUGAGAUUUCGAGGGUUUUUUACUCUCUGCGACCCCGAAGGAAUACAGAUAACUGCCAAAAAACAUUGUUAGUAGCUCAGCGCGUCUAGUCAACACCAAUCAAGUCUGUGACUCGAAAACUAUUUUAAUACCUUCUGUAUCCAUAUAUUUGCUUUUUAGAUAUUUUUCUUCUUCUCACGUGGUGAAAAGCAGCACGCUUUGCUGCGACGGAGAACAAUACGAAGAAGGGCGUCUUCACCACGCGCUCUCCAGUGUCAUUUCUGUUCUUUGCUGUAUUAAUAACAAAUAUCAAGAAGUGGGGGAAGAACUUAUACCGGAGAAUUCUACGAUAUUUCUAUGUAAAUGUACAGACACUAGUGUUACACAGGAUAGUGCUUAUUCUGUUCCUACGCCCUCCGCUUCUGUAACCAUGGUGAUUUCAGAUUAUUUCCUUUUUCUGCCGAUGGUCUCGUCCUCAACGACAGGUUUUGAUCCCUCGCUCUUUUUUAGUUAUAUCUUUUACAUUCAAGUCUUCAUUUCAGUGUGAAUAAUGGCAAGUAGAACAAAAAUGACAGGAUAGACAAAAAUAAUUCCUAUUUUUCCUCAUUCUCUUUGAUUUAUAGACACCGGCUUGUAGAUGAAUGAAGAAAGGAAACCCAACAUUGAAAAUAUGUUGCCAUUUUGGAGUAGAGAUAUGAGAAGUAUUGCGGUAUAUGAUCAACGGAGGUCGUUUUCAUUCAGACAGAGUGACAGAGGUGCACUUGUGUGAUUUAGCUGCAGAGAUCCAGCAUACCUUCUUUUUGCUUUUAUUUUUCUGGUGGGGAAUGAAUGCUUAUUUAUUUCACCGAGGGAAAAAGUACAAACUAUUCUGCAAAAAUGUCUGGGGAUAAAAUGAAUGUGGCACAUAUUAGAUUUUUUUUAUCAUUACAAAUAUGAUUUUAUUUAUUCUUUUUAUCCCUUUUUUUCUCCUGUGGUUGAAUGACCUCUCACUAAUAUUUGUUGUAACAGUGAAACUUGUUUGCCAACAAAUAAAUGACUGACAGAGUGAAGCCGA